AUGGAUUGUGAACAGGACUUGAAUUUUCCAUUCCAAAUAUCUUCACAGUUUCCAAUGACCCUAGAAUCUCAAACAUUUCGUACUACGCAUGUUGUUUGUGAAUUCGGAAAAAUGGGUAUUCGAGGCUUGCUUUCUUAUGUUCAAAGUAAUUGUGAAAACUUCAUCCCGUAUGAGUUGCAUAACCAAUUCUUAGUUGUUGAUGGAGAAAACUUUGCAGCUUACUGUUACCGUCAAGCAGCUUUACAAUGUCAGUAUGCAGGAGAGUAUCUAGCUUACAAUAAUUAUGUCCGAUUAUUUUUAAGAAGAUUUCGUGAUUGCCGUGUAGAACCGAUUUUUAUUUUUGAUGGAUGUCAUCCCAAAAAGGGGUCGAAAUUGAAUACUUUGUUGCGACGGACGAAUGAUUCCUUGAAAAAGUUAUCAUCUUUUCUCUUUAGUGGCAGCAUAACUUAUGAUUCAGAUAAUCCACAGUUAAAUAUCGAUAUAAUACCCCGACUCUGUCGAUAUGUUCUUGUAGAAAUUUUGCGAGAAUUUUCAAUUCGCUAUACAGCAUGUGAGCGUGAAGCUGAUCUCUGUGUUGCACAACUCGCUAUUUAUCUAAAUUGCCCAGCCACUAGUGGAGAUUCUGACUUUUUUAUCUAUCGAUCAUUGGUAAGCGACCGAGUCUAUCGUUUCAUUCCUUUGUCAUCAUUGACGUCCGACUUGCUGAAUAAUUCAGGACCGUUUUACAAACUGCAAUACCCAAUGUUGCCAAUUUUCGCUAUCCUCGUUGGAAAUGAUGUGGUAUCAAAUAUUCGCCUUCCUUCAACCAUAAAUACUUUAAUUCAGAGUUACGGAGAUAAGAUUGUAUCUUACUACCAAAGGCGUAUUCACGCCAUAUUUAACUGGCUUUCAAGUUUUCAGGGUGAUGUAGAACAACCGUUGACUGCUAUUCUGAAACUUUAUAACCAAAAUGAAAUGAAUGACAUCAUCGAGACAAUGCACCUUGGAAUGUUAGAGUAUAUUUACUAUAAUUCUGUUGAAGCAUUAGCGCAUUCAUUAGGUUUGACGGGUGGACAACAUGUUUCAUCCAAUACUCCAUCGGCAGGUACACUGAACCGCUCAUGUGAGGAGAUUACUGAGGAUUCAUAUCAGUGUAAAUUGGAAGCUGGUGUAAACUUCUUAAAAGCAAUGUUAAUUUCUCCUUUAGCUUUUAACCCAACCCAGAAUAAUGAUGAGGAAAGCAUAUUUUACCGCUGGCCAAAAGAACUAGUUAGACGAUUUAAGCACUUGGAAUUGGUUCCAAGUUUGUUGGAUUCCCUAUACGUACACCAUGGUUCUGUUAAUCGUAUUACAGUGGAGGAUUUAACGGUUCCGUAUGCAGUUGGUAGAUGUGCAUAUAGUUUACGAGUUGCUCAGUAUGGACUUAUUCUGGGUUUGGAAACUCAUUUGGGUGCUCGCAAAAAGUUGUGUGGAGUGGAAAAUGAUUAUGUCGUUGAGUACAGCAGAAAAUCAAGUACGGAGAUUUCCAAGAACCUGAUCCAAGUGAAGCCCAUUUUCCCGUCAACAUCUAAAGUAGUGGAAUCUUCUUUCUUGUCCUUUUUCUCACGAUAUUUUAACAUAAAUUUGGACAAAUGUUUUAGACCAUUAGAAAUGCAAGGUUUGGCAGGUUUGUUAGUUCUGUGGUUUACGUUCUCUUCUCAUGCUCGAAAUAAAGCAAACCGCCUUCGAGAAUCUCCAGUGGGACUAGCAUUUUCGUGUUGUGCAAUAGCAGUUAAGUCGAAUUGUAAUUCAUUCAAGACUAACCAUGGUAAUUUGGAUAAUGUAUGCUCUCAUCUCAAUAAUUGUGCUGAUAUAGCAAAGUCGAUGUACUGCCGAAACAACAAACCUUCUUUUUGUAUCUCAUAUGUACACCAACUAAAUGAGUUGCAAACUAUGGUUGUUGGGAUGACUCAUUUGGUUGCUCUUGUUGACGUCCUCUGUCCAUUCUAUGCAUCAAAUAUAGACAAUACCGAUCCGUCAUCCCUCAAAAAUCCUUUCAUAAGUUUCGAUCCGUUUUGGAUGUUAUUCGCUAGUGGACGUCUUCUAUAUUGGAUUAGUCGAAUACUUGAUAAUAUGGUACCGAAUGAGCGCUUUCACAAAGUAAUUGGGGAGUGGCUUCCUCGAUUGCUUGUAUGCGGUGGCUCGUAUGAUAGACAGCUGCGUUUUUGCCAACAUGAAUUUAAUAGAUUAUUUACUCUGAUUGAUAAUCUAAACAAAUAA